AUUAAUUGAAUUUUUGAUUGUCUCUGUGACUUUAAAAAUGUUUUUGCUAUUUGAAAUAUAUAUUAUAACAGUUUUAGCAAACAGUAAUUAAAAAAAUCUGGAAUGGUGAUUGUUUGCAACCCUUUUUAUUUUGGCAGUGAAAUGCUUUUGCUUAGAUUUUGGUUUACAGCAUAAACAAGAUAUAGAAAAGGGUAAAUUUACAUAUCUCCAGAAGAUGACAGAUACUAAAACAUUUAUGUGUCUGGAGGUAUCGUGUAAUGAGCAACUUAAUGCCUGCAUCAUGAUGUAGCACAAAACCACUCAUUUAUUAGUGUUAAUACUACAUGGUGGCACAGUGGACUCAGUAUUACUUCACAGCUCUUGGGAACUGGGUUUGAUCCUGAGUUUGGGUUACUGUCUGUGUGAGAUUUCACAUGUUCUCUCUGUGUUCAUGACCGUUUCCAUUGGGUUCUUCAGUUUCCACACAACUGCUAAGAAAAAUACACAGGUUGGCAGACUGGCAAUGCGAAGGCCCCAUUCACACCUGGCAUUAAAGUGUAUCUUGUGUGAUCGGCUCACAAGUGGACAACACGAAGUAUAGGAACAAAUUUGUCUCAGAGAUUCAUUGCGAUCUAAUCAUGCAAAUCACAUUCAGAGGUGAUCUGGGACUCCUAUGACCACAUCACAUCUACAUCUUGGUGCAUCCUGGACAGCAAAGAUUGACUUAACUAAGCAGUUGCAUCAGGAUCCUGACCAGAAACCAUGUAAUCAUUGUGAGACUGUCAGGAAAUUCCCGUUAGAGCUAAUGGGCUAGUGGUAGAGCUUUCAGCUGUCUUAUCGUCUCAUCUCUUAUUCAUUUAGGUGUUUCAUUAGCAGACCACUUGAUUAAAAUGUAUGAAGAGGUGUGUACAGUUAUAAGAUACGAUUCGUGGGACAUUUCGUGGGACAUUUCGUGGGCCUGGAAAGAAAUGCAGCAGAAGACUUGGUAAAUAAAUGAGUGGCAGCCUUUUUCCAUGCAUGAAUCCGAUCACAAGUUGUGUUCAUAAUGCCUGAUGUGAACAGCUCUACAGUCUCGUCUGUCCACUUUCCAUCACUCAGGGUGCAUAAAUUGCCUCGGGUGUGAAUGAGUGUGUGAAUGGUGUUCUGCAAUGGACCAGCGUGUUCCCAGUGUUCCAGAAAUUGGCUUCAAAUCUUGGGGCAGAUCAGAAAAAAGCAAUUACUGUGGAAUGAAUGAAUUAAUACUGCAAUGGGGUAAUUAUUAGAACGAUUCUCUAAAUUAUGUCAAAAGCGUGCGUUCUAUUCCGUAAGUCUUCAUGAAGGUGUCAUUUAAACUAUUAAGUCAUUGAAUAAUAAAUGUAUUAUGUUCCUUUAAAUGGUUGUGAUUAUAUAUGAUUUGCACAUUGGAAACACGCUCAUGUCCUCCUGCCAUCCCAGUACCUACAGUCUACUACGCUAUCCCACAAAGACCAGCAACGCUGUAUGUUUGACCCUCACAAGGACCCAGUCUGAAGUGGACACAACUGUUCACCAAAAUAAGGGAGUUGUCCUAUUAGAACGAGUCAGUGUAUGACCUCCUGCCUAAAGAACUUCAGCUUCCUCUAGCCUCACAGGACAGCCACAACAUGAGUCAGAAGAGUGGUGGAGAGGCUGGUCCUCUUCCUUCUGCCGCUGUGGCCUCAGAUGCAGCCACCGCCUGUGUUGUCUCAUCCUCCCCUGGAGGGCACAGCAGUGCUUCUUCCUGUCCCAGCAUGCACUGUGCUACUUCAGCUCCAGAGCAGUCUUCCAGGCUCCACUGUCUCCCUGUCGAGGUGCUGGGAGCGGAGCCUGGUUCGGCUUCUGGUAUCAGUGGGACUCCUGGGAACGAUGCUGUUGGAGCAGCAGUCCAUCAAAGCCAGAUGACGCCCUCAAAGCGACGCACUGUACUUAACAUCUCGCCACCUCCAGAAGACCUGCUUGAUGACAGCCGCAUGUCCUGCCAGGAUGAGGUGACGCUUAACCCAGACUCUGAGCAGAGUGGCAGCAUAUGGAUGGACGACUCCGUAUCAAACUUUAGCAUGCUGAGCAGCAGUUCGUAUAACGACAACACCGAGGUUCCUCGGAAAUCCUGUAAGCGAACACCACGCCAGAGGCCAGGCCAGAAGCCUGUAGCCAGGGAUGAAUCAACCAUGGAUGUGUUUGAUGCUGACAGUGCAAAAGCUCCACACUUUGUACUUUCACAACUCGGCUCUGAAGGAAAGGGAACUCUCAAAGGGAGCACCCUGGAGGUGUCUGGCAGCCAGAAAGGUGGAAUUCUUUCAACACAGUAUCCACAAAAGAGUGAGGGGAAAGAGCUAAAGAUUCUGGUACAGCCUGAGACACAACACAGAGCACGAUACCUUACAGAGGGCAGCAGGGGAUCUGUUAAAGACCGCACACAGCAAGGCUUCCCCACGGUCAAAUUAGAAGGUGUGAAUGAACCUGUUGUUCUCCAAGUGUUUGUGGCUAAUGAUGCCGGACGUGUAAAACCCCACGGCUUCUAUCAAGCAUGUAGAGUUACAGGACGUAACACAACAGCCUGUAAAGAGGUAGAUAUCGAAGGGACCACGGUGAUCGAAGUGAACCUUGAGCCGAGCAACUCCAUGACUUUAGCAGUGGAUUGUGUCGGGAUACUGAAAUUGAGGAACGCGGACGUGGAAGCCCGAAUAGGAGUCGCUGGCUCUAAAAAGAAAAGCACUCGUGCACGUUUAGCGUUCAGAGUUAACAUCCCCAGAACAGACGGCUCUUUCCUCACCCUGCAGACCCUUUCUUCUCCGAUCCUUUGUACCCAACCUGCUGGAGUGCCUGAAAUUCUCAAAAAGAGUCUUCAUACCUGCUUAGUGACUGGAGGAGAGGAGGUCUUCAUUAUUGGCAAAAACUUCCUUAAGGGAACCAAAGUUAUUUUUCAGGAAAUUUCCACAGACGACGGCUCGUGGCAGGCUGAAGCAGAGAUUGACAUGGAACUUUUCCAUCAAAAUCACCUAGUGGUAAAGAUUCCUCCUUAUCAUGACCUGACAGUGACCUCACCUGUAUCGGUUGGAAUCUCCGUGUUAACAAAUGCAGGACGAACACACGAGCUACAGCCUUUCACCUAUACUCCUCUUCCAGAAAAAGUCGAUGUUCCUGUGAAGUCCGAAUUGUCAGUAACACCGAAGCCUUGCACGUUUAAGGAGCAGAUAAAUGCAAUGCAAACUGGCACCAAUAGUCUUAACAGUACCUUGAUGGCCCCAAUGAUCUCCAUAGUCAAAAGGGAAGAAGUAACUCCAAUGGAAAUCUCUACCAACUCGACAACGUCUAACAUUUAUAAGCCUACAGAGGUCCUUAAUACAGAGCAACAGAUUUUGGAAAUUUCCACGAUUCUUCCUACAAGUAGCAAAUCCUUUCCUAGCCCUGUGCCUCUAACAUCUGUUGACUGUCAACAAUCAGUGCCCACAAUGUUCGUACCUCCAGAGCCCCUUACAACAAUUCAGAAACAGGAUAUCCCCUCUACUCCAUCUUUUCAAGUCUCCUUGUCAGAAGACACCACAGUUCUUCAGCCUGUGCCCCCACAGGUCCCCCAGCAGUUCUUGAGGGAAACCCCUGAGACUUUGUCUCCGGAAGACGACAGUCCAGAUGGCACAGGAAUGGUAGUAGUGGGGAUGGAAUCUAGGCCUCCCCCUUCCCAACAACCCCAGGUUCAGACCAUUUUGCCUCAAGAUGAGGUAGCACAGCUGGAAAGAGCUGUUAGAGAAUUGCAAGAACAGCAACUGAAUUCUGUGCUUUAUGAUUCAAACCACACUGCUGAAAACCUCCAGCAACAUGUCCAGGAAAACAUGAACAGUUUAAGGCUUGGAGGCAAUGAGAACACUUUGACCAAUCAACAGCAGCAGCAACAAGAAAAUAAUAUUUUGCAGAAUCUGCAGCAACAGCAUCAGAAUGCUCUAGCCGAUCUGCAGCAUCAACAAACAGUCUUAAACAAUUUGCAGCAGCAACAAAAGGUCUUGGAGAACUUCCAGCAACAGACUCUUGGAAAUCUGCAACAACAAUCGCAUCAGAAAGUUCUGGAAAACCUGCAACACCAGAAAGUUCUUGGGAACAUUCAGCAACAGAACUCUUUGGUGAAUAUUCAGCAUCAGAAAGUACUUGAUAAUCUGCAACAACAGCAUCAGCAGAAUCUAGAGAAACUUCAACAAGAGCAACAACAUCAAGAGGUCUUGGAAAACUUGCAGAAACAGUUACAAACAGAACUCUUACAGCCACAGAUUCCCAUGCAGUGCACUCCAAGUUUCCCUGUAGUACAACAGGAUCAAAUGUCUGAGCAUCAAAGCACCGCACAGAUUGAUGGCUCUUCUGACAGUUUUCUCCAUAAUUCAUCCCCACAGCCACAGCAGCAAACACUUUUUCAACAGGCUGGGGGGCUGCUGACUAUUCAGACAUCCGGCUUUCUUCAGCAGUCACCCUCCCAAACCUCACCUCCGCAGCAGCUGUUUCAGACUCACACACCUAUUACUGACACACAGGAACCACAAACAGGGCUGUUUGGCACUUCUGAAGCUACCCAGGUCCAACCUGCUUUAUUUUCCAAUACAGUGACGAUGCUGACAAGCACUAACAUAUCUUCUGAGCAACAGGCUCCCUCCACUACCCUGUUCAUUUCUCAGGGUGUACUGCACAGCCAAAUAACAUCUAGUAAUUCCCAAAAUCCACAACAGCAACAAAUAGCUUUUCUCACUCCGAUGGAAACGUCGAACUCAGCAACCCAAUCAGUGUCGCUUUUUCGGGGACAAGCCCAGUUGUCCACUCCGAUGGAUCAGCACUCUUCUCAGUCUCAGCAAAUACCACCACCCCAGCAAGCUUCUCUGUUUCAGAAUAUUUCUACAAUGUCCCAAAAUCCUGGUCAACAGCAACCACAGCCCAGCUUACUGUUCUGUGCUUCUCCUGUUAAUCCUCAAGACCUUCCUCAGACUCUUUUGUUCAGUACCCCGAACCAAGGCCCCGUAAGUGGCAGUGCACUGCCCCAAAAUAUCUUUCAAGACCAACAACCCAUGCAGGUGGUUCCAAGCCCUGGUAAUAUGACCACAGACAACUCAGCAAGUCAGUCUACAGUCUCGCCAUCACAGUCAACUCAAAGUCCACAGAUUCUUUUCCCCCAAGCCAAUGUAGUGACCGUGUCUCCACAAGAUUCAGCUGAACCUAUGUCUUUUCAAGAUGAGACCUCUGUUGUGGGUCACUCGUCUGCUGGUAUGCCUACAAGCCAGACUGGACUCUUUCAGGACCAACAGCCUAUGCAGGUUGUCCCAAGUGCUAGCAGCUGCGCCCCUGUCCCUUCCACAGACCAAGGCACUGUUAAUAUUUUUUUGCCACAGGCAGCCAUUUCUGCACUCCAAAGUGGUGUAGGAACUCAAGAGUUACCUCAGACUGCUACAGCAACUGCCAUUUUUAGUGGGCAGGGUGGAGUGGCAAUUGGAGGGUUGCAGAGCUCCUCGGCCACAUCCAGUCAGCCGGCUCCAGAGUCACUUUUUCAGACAGCUUUAGGAGGAACCCUAGACCAGCCUGGACAACCAGGACAAGCAGGUCUAUUUAUUUUUGAACUCCCCACUGAAUGUGGUUCGUUAUUAACCCCUCCUGGUCCCGUGUUGCCAGACCAACUUGUCACCAUGGGGCAUCCCAGAUCGGAUCACAACCAGAACCAGCUUCAGACCAGUGCACAGAUUCACAGUUUACUAGACCAGUCCAACAACCUCAGCGAAAAGAUCGAUGAACUACUCGAACAGUUUGAGGAACAAGGGAAGACGCUUCCCAGGGACUUCUUAGAACAGUAAAACACAUACAAAUGUUACUUUGAUAAGUCUACGUGAACUCAGACACAAGUGACUUGGGCAACUUGAAGGAUCUAAAUUUUUAAAGCCUUUAAUAUUUAUUGAAUGGAUUAUGUAGGCUGUUACAGAUGGGUAUAAUCAUGGAACCAAAUAUUUGGGGCCAAUAAAAUGUUUCAAGUCAGUGUUGUGAUCUGCCACGGCAUUUCAUAUUUCGGCGAUAUUUGUCAUGUUGACAAAUUCCGUCACUUGUUCUACUUAACCAUCUUCCAUCUGUCUAACAGAAACUGACACAAGGUAUCUAACAAAACUGUUGUCGAUCUGAUGUAAUACAUUGGACUAAUUCAUUGUCUGAAUUUUUAGAUGGUGUGUUUAGCACUUUAUUGCGUGUUUUGAAGUGAGUUACCUGCUUUUUAGCUUUCAACCCAUUUGUAUCCAUAUUGGCCUCUUUUUUAUAGUCUUUCCCAAAAGAUCCUCUAUUUUGUAUUAGCUCAGUCAUACUUAUCGUCCAUGUCGAUAUUAACCUAUAUAACGAGCCAUGGUUACUGCUUUUUUUAGAUGCGUCCUCAUUAGUCUCGGUCCGUACGUUCUAUAUAAUAACAUUUACUGUAUAUAUUUGUAUGAACCAUAUUUUUGACUGUCAUCUAAUAUAUUUUUUAAAGAAGUGGUCCAUCUUUAGUCAUUCCUGUCAUGGACAUGUUAUAGCGCUCGUGUACGUGGUUACAUAAGGAUGAUGUGUCCGAUGCAUACGUAAGCUAGCCUGGUGGACUGCCCUAAAACUGAGUUAGUGUCCAAUAUAUAGUACAAAAUAAAACGGAAGGUGUUCAUGUUGGAUCGCAAAAAGAAAUUUUACUUAUUCAUUGCCCUUGUUCACAAAGUCCUAAGCAGUGAUCUGUUUAGAUGGGAUAUUUAGCCACGCUGUCAGUUUCAGGAUGUUCCACCGAGCUAAGGAUAUGCAUGCCCAUGACGUAGUGUGUACGUUGUGUGUCUCUGUGUGCGUUUUGUGUUUAAUAGGAACAAAUAGUGAAUUGAUAUUUGUACAAUGUUACAUGAGUUUUAAUUCGUGGGUUUUUUUUUAUAUAUAUAUUAAACACAUUAGAUGUACCGUUCAAUUGGGCACUAGCUACUGGAAAGAUUUAUUAAUGUGAAAGAUCGAUGGCGCAUCAUUUCAUUCAUUUCUUAUGUUGAAUUUGGUAAAUGAAGUUGUACAGGGUUCAUUUUAAACACGUUGGCGUUGUGGUGCUACUUUGUUUACAAAACGACAUAAAUACCCAUCGUUAUAUCGACUUUUGGACUGAUAUUAUUUUUAGUUCCUAGCUUUCUCUAAUGUAAGCAGCUUAUUUUCUCUGACUGCGAGAUCAUUUUGGUCAAUUUUCCUUUAGUUAGAGGACAAAUUCCCCACAAUCAUAAAUAUUUCCCCUCAUUUAAAAUAAGAAAUCAGCGUUUUCAUUUACAAAAGCACCUUUUGCUUCGACAAUGUUAUCAAGCAAAUUCAUUUUGUUUAUAGAAAUGUAAAUUCCUUUAAAAUUCAUUUGUCUUUGUUUCCCUUAUUUGUCCAUUAUUGUAUAGUCAUUCAUUUUAAUGAUGUAUUUAACACUUGCCACAAACUCUGUAAAAAGAACACUGUAGUGGUAGUGAGAUUGUUUUCCUCUGUGUGUUGUUGGUUUGGUGUUUUAUGCUCUUUAUAGUAAAAUCUUUUUUUUUUUUUUGAACAUUUUAAGUGAGCCAUACAUACAGUAUUUUUGUAAGUCUGAAAUUACUAAAUGUACUGUGUACAUUUCAAAAAUAUUGAAUUUUCUGUCCCUUCUGCAGUACUUCAUGCAUUUUUUUUGGAGAAAGAGAUUUUUUUGGUCCCGUCACUGUGUUAGGAAGCAGAACAUCUGUGACCACAUGAAGAUCAAAUAUUCAAAUAAGAUCUGGAAUAAUACGAGUGUUUUUUUUUAGACAAGCUGAUUUGCAAAGUCCAAACUAAAUGGUAACUGAUUUCAGAAUGAAAUAAUGUUUUUACCUCAUGGUGUAGAGAUAGAAGUUUCACUCUACAUCUAAUUAAGGACCAAUUAAACAAUUCUUUUUUAUUUUUAGUAUAUGGCAGCAAAAGCUUGCAUUCUAGAUGAAUUAUUUGAGUUUUGUGAGCAUCAGUGUUUUUUUUGUUUUUUUUUGGUUGAAAGGCUUUGUCAUAUGAGAUAAAAAGCAGAAACGGAUCAAAAACUGAGCAUUUCUGUGCAGUCCAUCAUUAUAAGAACAAUAUAAAACGUUCAGUAUGUUAUGCAUACAUACAUUAUGUGUUUUGUUGAAUUGUGCUAUUUUUAUUAAAAGUACUUUUGUGCCUUUUAAAAAACCGUCCCCCCUUACUUCUAAAGUACCUUUUUAACUAGAUAAACCCUUUGGUUUUUAGUUGCGCUUUUAAAGAAUCCAGAAGUUACAAAUUUAUUAGAAUUCCAUGUUUAACGGUCUUGUCAACAUAUUGUUUAAUCCAAAUGCAGAGAUGUGUUUGAGCUUUGUGUCAUGAACUGCUAUGCAGCUCCACCAUUUUGUUUGGUCUGUUGGUUGUCUUGAGUUAAUAGAACAAGGUACAGAGCAGAAAAAAAAAUCACCCUACUUUUGAUGGUUAGUUCGGUGUAUGUACUGUAUGUGAAAUGGUUUUGACUGCAGUCUCGGAGUACCUUCAUCACUCUGCGGCGGUUUGUGUUGUCCGAGUUGUUUUACAGUUUAUUUUCUUCAUAUGCAUUUCUCUUCUGGUUUGUUUGCUGUGAAUAUAACUUACUCUAAAAUUCACCGGGAUAUAUCAGUAUACCUUUCAGUCUGUGUGAAGUAACAACAGGUUAACAUAACUAUAUUUGUCUUUUGCUUUAUAAAUCCGUACACUCCUGAAUUUGUAUCCACUUGCAGUUCUUUUUCUGUAAAAUGUGCUGCUAUCUGUAUGAAAUAAACAUAGAUCUGAAA